UCUGUUUUCAGCUGGGUUCAGUUUGAAGCAGUGACUGAUCAGGUAAUGCUCACCUGUCUGUCCACCUGUACAGCGUUGCCGUGGCAAUGAGCAGUAACGAGUGCUUCGGUUGCGGCCGCAGCGGCCACUGGGUGAAGAACUGUCCGAGCGGCGGCCGAGGACGAGGAAAAGGUCGAGGACGAGGCAAAGACCUGUUCUGUUACCGCUGUGGGGAACUCGGACACGUGGCCAGAGACUGUGAGCGGACUGAGGAUGCUUGCUACAACUGCGGCCGAGGAGGACACAUCUCCAGAGACUGCAAGGAGCCCAAGAAGGAGCGUGAGCAGCUCUGCUACAACUGCGGCAAGGCGGGUCACAUGGCGCGCGACUGCAACCACGCCCACGAGCAGAAGUGCUACUCCUGCGGCGGCUUCGGACACAUCCAGAAGUGCUGCGAGAAGGUCAAAUGCUACAGGUGAGCACCUGAGACAGAUAAACCAACAGCACACAGGUGGAACUAAUCGGUCCAAUCAAAAGGGACGGAAAAGGGCACAAAAAACCAGAAGUACAAACACAAGGAAAGGCCAUUUCAAAAUAAAACAGGAAGUCACAGAAGAGGGACAUAAAAGCUACAGAAACACCAACAGAGACAGGAAACACAUAAACAGAACAAACUGGUUAUACUGGGUACAGGACUACUAGUCUAACCAGUCCAAACAUUCUGACCAGUACAACUAGUCUGACCAGUGUAACUAAUGUUCUCAGUCCAACCAGUCGAACCAUUUUGACC